CUGAAACUGAAAAUCGCUUCCGCGUUUCUAACUUUCAGUUCAGUUCAGGUAACGUUUACACAUAUUGUCCUCUCCAAAAGUGUUACCUCAAAGGUUUAAAAGCAACUUGGUCAACCAUUGUCUAGGACAUAAAAUAUGCAGGAAGCAGAAGCACCAUACAGUUGACAUGAAGUCGGACAAGACAUUUGAUGGAGGAGCUGGUGUUGAAAUAGAGGCUAUGAAGAGGAGCCAUACAGCAGCACUGGUACAAGCCAUUGCAAAUCAAGACAAGACACGUGAAGUUGAUGCUUUGAGGAGUCUUGGCGAUGCAAGUUUUCAAGAAGGCUGUGCAAACAAGACUGUGGCAGACUUAAAGAAAUCAUCAGCUCUGUACAGCGCUGCUCUAAGAAAAUGCAAAGAUGCUGGUACAAGAGAGGCACUUGAAGGUCGAGUCAAAGAGGCAGACAAUAAAGUCACCACACUCCUAUCCAUUGACAAAAGCCAAAAGCACAAGAUGACCAAAUCCCAGUCACAAGGAAUGACAAUAUCAAACGUCUCUGAAAUACUGUGCUCCUUAGACAGUGUACUGGAGAACGGAAGUGACUUGGAUCUAGUCAAAAUUGGCUAUGAAGAUGUCUUAGUGUCUGCCAUAGUGAACGACCACACAUUGCUUGAAGUUGAAGCCUUAAAAAGUAUUGCUGAUGUAGAUCUUGAAGUAGGUCAAAUUUCUUGUGAUAGAAACAUGUUAGCAGGUGCGAUCAAGCUGUAUAAAGCUGCAUUAGAGUGGUGUAAUGAUAGUGAUGGCCAAGUGUCUUUGGUACACAGGAUAAGGUUUGCAGAAAAGGUCAAAGAAUCAGCUAUCCAAAGGACUAAUACACAUUGUAAACAACAAAGGGUCAUUCAGAAGUCAAACUUCAAACUAGCCACAGUUGCAGAGGAGUUGCUUGAGUUAGAUCUGAGUCUCGAAAGUGGCUUUUGUCUUGACGUUGUGGAGCGGGGUUAUGCAAGUAAGCUUAUCCAGGCCUUAAGCAGGGGGAAUGGAGUCCUGGAGCGUGAAGCAUUGAAAAGUCUUGGAGAUUUGUACCUACAGAAGGCUAAGAUUAGCAAGGAUAAGGAAGAAUACUUUAAGAAAGCAUGUGCCUUGUACAGUGAAGUCUUGCAACAGUGUGUUGAUGAGAAGGACCAACUAAUCAUGGAGCACCGCAUCAAAUAUGCAGAGAAGUGCACAAAGCUCACAUACUGCCCUGAAGAUGAAAUCUUAGAGACUAAAAGUUCAGUUUCAAACAUAUUGGAUGUGAUGAUGGCACUUCAUGAAGUGAGAGAGAAGUACAAGCUUAGAGGGGAGGGGGUUCAACCAUUGAUAGAAGGUUACACACAUGCAUUCCUCCGAGCAAUCAUGGAGAGAAACCAAUGGUUUAAAACAGAAGCAUUGAAAAGCCUUGGGGAUAUGUAUGUAGAGAGAGGACAAAUUAAUGAGGAUGAAGUAGACUUUGACAAAGCCAAAGGGCUGUAUGGGGCUGCACUGAAAAUAUGCAAAGAUUCCAGCCGCUCAGACCAAAGCAUCCUGAAGGACCGCAUCCAGGAUGUAAACAGGGUCAUGCAAGAGCAACAGAAGCAGCAGCAGAGGACAUCAUUGCAGAGUAGAAGUGAAGAGAAUGUCAGCCUCAUUCCUUCCCUGGCCACAAGUGAAGUUGUCAAUCAGCAUUCAACAAGUCACAGCAUUGGGGAAAGCUUCCAUGCUGCACUGUCUGCAAGCAGCAGCAUAGAAGCACACAAAUCAAAGAAUACAGACAGGCUGUACAAAGAACAUCUACAGCAGGGUAAAGAGGCACUGAAGAGAGAAGACUUAGACAUGGCAGAAGAGCACUUUGCUACUGCACUCAAGACUGUACAUAUGAGAGAUUCAAGUGCAGUCCAGUACCAAAAAGAGGCAGAACCUUUGUACAAGUUAGCCAAUGUCUAUCUCAAGAGAGGGCAGAGAACAAAAGAUGGAGGUAACUUCACCAAAGCUGCGGCACUUUGUAAUGCGGCAUCGGUUAGGGCAGGAACAGAUGUAGAGGACAAUCAGCUCACAAUGCAGACCAUAACAACAGCAUUUUGUAAGCAUGUUUUGGAGAUUGACAUCAAAGCAGAUCCUUGUGAAGCAAAGGAACACAAGAAGCAACUGAAAGAGAUGCGAGAAGAUGCUGAGAAAGGAAUCAAGGCAUUAGAUCAACAGGAUGCUCCAUAUUCACUUGGCGAGGGUGACCCAAAGAGAAUGGAAAUGGAAACAAACAGGGUGGACUUGAUCAGGACAUUGUUUGAAAGAAUCACAGAAAGCCGUAGGGCUUUCAUAGCGGAGUUAGUUGAUGAGUGUAUUAAAGAGAUGGGUGCCCCUCCCUGCAAGUAUGCUCUGAUAGGUCUAGGGUCUCAAGCUAUAGGCUUGGUUACUCCGUACUCUGAUCUGGAAUUUGCCAUCCUUGUAGAGGAUGAGAAAGAGAGCAAUGUCAUCUAUUUCCGCAACCUUACUCAUUAUCUACAUCUCAAAGUGAUCAACCUGGGGGAAACCAUUCUACCAGCAAUGGGGAUCAAGUCACUCAAUGAUUUUUACUCAGAUGACCCUGCAGACAAUUGGUUCUAUGAUUCUGUUACACCCAGAGGAUUUGCAUUUGAUGGAGCAAUGCCAAAAGCCAGCAAGACUCCACUUGGGAGAGGCAAGACUCUAACAAAACCAGCCAGUGAACUUAUUCUGAGACCACAAAAUAUGGCCAAGUUGUUGGAGAGAGAUGCUAGCCAAUAUCUGAAAGAAGGCUACCAUCUUGCCCUUAUCCUUGGAAAUGUUUCAUUAAUUCAUGGAGAUCCAGAAUUGGUUGACAGAUACAACAACCUAUUGGAUAUGUCACUUGAUGACAAAGAUAUGUCUACCCAGUUGGCGCAGGUCAUAGUGAGUGACAAUGAGGCACAGUUUAAAACUAAAGAGGUGACUGCCCGCCUGUUAGAUGUCAAAAAAGAAAUCUACAGGCUACCUACUUUAUCAGUAACCUACCUGGCACUUUUUCAUGGUAUCAAACCCACAACAAUAUGGUCAACUAUCACAGACCUAGAAAGAGUUGUAGGGCUUGAAAAUGCACAGCAUGUGAGAGUGUUAGUUGGCAUCUCAGCAGAAGUCAGGCUACGGACGUACCUCAGCAAUGGUGGGCAGAAGGAAAACAUGUCCGCCUUGUCAUCAAUGCAGGUGGGUGGAGCAAGCAGUGAGGAACUAAGGAAGGUGUUUUACUACUCAAACAAAAGACAGCUUUUGAGGUACUAUCACACAGCUAUGCCCCUAAAGAGGUUCAUUUGGAACCUUUCUACAGACCACAUGAAGAAUGUCCCUCCAUGUCUUUAUGACACGUCUCCUCAAGUGCAAGCAGCCAUAUACCAGAGGCUGUGCAUCUAUCAAGAGGCCAUCAGCUAUUAUGAAGAGGCAUUGCAGAUGAGGCAAAGUGUCUAUGGCAAGAGUGCUGCACAUCCUGCUAUUGCAACUACAAUGAGCAACUUGGCAUCAGCCUGGCAUGAUCUUGGGGAUGACAGGAAGGUUGUUCGUUACCAUGAACACACGUUGGCUAUGCUACAAAUCAUCUAUGGGCAAAACAGUACACAUCCCGAUAUUGCCACUACCCUUAACAACUUGGGGUCAACCUGGAGCAGUCUUGGAGAUAAGAGAAAAGCCAUCAGUUACCACAAGCACGCACUUAAGAUGUUCAAAGAGAUUCAUGGUGAGAGUGCCGCACAUCCUCACAUUGCUAUCUCAAUCAACAACCUUGGGUCUGCCUGGCACGGGCUUGAUAAAAGAAAGGCAAUCAACUUCCAUGAGCAAGCGCUACAGAUGAGACGAAACAUCUUGAGUGACAGCAGUGGACAUCCUGACAUAGCAACUUCACUGCACAACUUGGGAUCUGCUUGGGAGGAUCUUGGCGACUACAGGAAGGCCAUUGUGUACUAUGAGCAGGCCUUACAGAUGAGAUGUACCAUCUAUGGUAAAGAUGCUGCAUAUCCUGACAUAGCUGCCUCACUCAACAAUCUUGGAACAGCUUGGGAUAGCCUUGGUGACAAGAGAAAGGCCAUCAACUACCAUGAACAGGCACUACAGAUGAGGCAAAAGAUCUAUGGGAAGAGUUCUACACAUCCUGAUAUUGCUGCCUCACUCAACAAUCUGGGAUCGGCUUGGGAUGAUGUGGGUGAUCAUAAGAAAUCCAUUGACUACUAUCAAAUGGCACUACAGAUAUGGAAGGUCAUGUAUGGCAAGAGUGCUGUACAUCCUGACAUUUCUGCAUCAUUGAACAAUUUAGGGCUUGCCUGGGGUCAUCUAGGUGAUCAUGAGAAGGCUAUCAGCUAUCAUGAACAGGCACUUCAGAUGAGGUUUGAUAUCUAUGGCAACAGUACUGCACAUCGUGACAUUGCAACUUCACUAAACAAUUUAGGGGCUGCAUGGAGUCGUCUUGAGGGUGUGAGAAAGUUGAAUGCCAUCAGCUACUAUGAACAGGCAUUGAAUGUAAACCGACAAAUUCAUGGAGUAAAUGCUGUACAUUCUGAUGUAGCAACGUCCCUAAGCAACCUGGGUUCAUUAUGGCAAGACCUUGGUGAUGUUAAAGAGGCCAUUACCUACUAUGAACAGUCACUACAGAUGAAGCAAAAAAUCUUUGGGGAAGGAUCUGACCAUCCCAGCAUUGCUGCCUCACUUAACAAUCUGGGUACUGCUUGGGGUGCACUUGGUGAUAAGAGGAAGGCCAUCAGUUAUCAGGAACAAGCAUUACAGAUGAAUAGAAAUAUAUAUGGCCAGAGUGCAGCACGUCCUGACAUUGCAUCUAACCUAAGCUUCCUGGGGUCAGCCUGGGAAGAUCUUGGUGACUUGAAAAAGUCAAUCAGCUAUAGAGAGCAGGCACUACAGACAUGGCAGAAGAUCCUUGGUGAGAACUCUGUACAUCCUGUCCUUGCUAUCUCAUUGAACAACCUUGGCUGGGCCUGGGAGGAACUAGAUCGGGAGAAAUCAAUCUGUUACUACAGACAGGCCUUAUCCAUGAUGAAGGCUCUGCAUCAAGGGGACAGCAGUCAUCCACACAUCACAGGCAUUGAAGAAAACCUCCAGCGCUUGAUCAAUAAUGAAUAGAGUCAACCCACAUUUAAAGUCAUCUUUAUCAGCACAUCUGUUAUUAGCAAAAUAUGUUUAGUGUUUGAGGUAAAUAGACAUAUACCCACAGAUGAAGUGAUGUAUAUAUUAUGCACAGAUUGGCAGGCCAGUUGCAGUUUUGUACAUGCAAGUAGACUCAGAUUGAUUUUUAAAGCACAAUGGUGUGCAGUGCCACUGGUCAAUUCUACUUCAGAAUCUGAUACCUGUUACAUAAAAUAUUAGGAAUUGAUGAUAUUGUGUAUAAUUACCAGUAAGUAUUGUAUGCUCCUAAAUGAUCUAAUGUGUGAUUUUUUAGUCCAUGUUUGAUUCAAUUCAAAAGGCGUCAGUUUACCCCAUUACCUUAUCAUAUUUUAACAAUGAAAAACCUUAUUAAGGCAAUAUUCAUGCUGUGUAGUAGUUCAUUGGUUACUUGUAGUUAUGGUUUACUGAUUCUGGUUUUUAUUAAUUUCACAACACAAGACUGGCAUGUAAAACACAAUCUCCUUGGAAUGGUUAACGCUUUUCUGAUUAUAUACAUCAAGAAUCAUCACUUUUUCACCAAAUAAAAACAGCUUCUUGGUUUGAUUAAAUGUCUUGUUCUUUAUUCUAUGACAGCUUGAGGCCAAAGAUAAUUGCUUAAUUACUUGAUUGCAAUUAACACGUAUCAAUUCAAUGUCGUGAUGGUCAUGGAUGGCACGUACAUAAAAUACUAGGUCCUCUACAUGGUACUGUAUUGUUGUCUUUCAAAUUAUCAAACCAGCACCACAUAACAUGAAAACCUCAAUUUCAUACUUGUAUUUGACAACAAUUUCCAACUACCUGAUAUGUAACAUCAUUUUCUUGGAAUAAUAAAAUCUUGUACAGGACAGUUGGUUGCCUUUGCAAUUGCCCACUGUAAAGGU